AUCUCAGCAGCCGGUUUGGACAUCAUCACCCCAUUCCCCUCUUCUGAUCCCCUCUCAUCGUUUCUCAUCCCUUCAGUGCCUCGUAUGGCUGCUGUUACAGUCACCACCACUUAAUACCUGCCCGUUUCCCUCUUAUCUCUCCCCGAUCGAGCCAGCUGUUCUCCUUGCCGGGCCUUAUCUCCGACGAUAGAGCCAGCUGAGACAACAAAGAACCCCUCGGCUCUUGUCGUGAACCCCUUUGUUGUUGCCAUUUCUGGAGUGUUGUACAAAAUUUCUGGUUUUGCGACAUACUUCACCUUACUAUCUUGCCUUUACAGUGCUAUUUGACCACCUGGACCCGUCACCCCAAGUCCAAGAUGAAGUUCCUACCUCUUCCCGAAUUCGAGGACGUGACUAGUUCGCUGAAUUUCGAUACCGCCGACUGUCACAUCGUUGGAGGCUGCGAUCUGUACACGACAAAGGCCGCUCGAUCGGAUCGCAAACUGUACAAGAACAUCGAACAAUCGCUCGAGCAGCAGUAUGAAUCUGUCCUCCGCUUAUCGGCGUCGCUAUCGCCUCCGACUGCGUCAGAUGCGGCCGCUUCGCUCAACCUUUCCCGAUCGAGCCCCUUCGGACCCCUGAGUGAUCACUCGAGUCGCCGAACGUUUGCGUAUUUGAUCGCAACUCUCAACGCGAGUCAUCCAGACUACGAUUUCUCCCAUGUCUUACGUCCGACAGACUUUCAUCGCGAGCGGAAUUUAAAGAGAGUCAUGAACACGAUCGAUUCGACGCUCUUUAAUCUUCGACCGCGCGAAACCCUCGACCUUACGCCACCAUCGCCCUCUACAGUCUCUGGAUCAUACAAUGCGGAGGCUUCUCCCACGUGGGGUCGCAGGAUGUGGAAGAUUCUUGAUGAACAAUUGUCUCUCAAAGAUUGUGGUAUCUACUCGUACUCACCGGACGAGGACCCCUCCGAUGCGGAUGAUGGAGCGAUUUGGAGUCUCCAUUACUUCUUUUUCAAUCGCCUUCGGAAACGCGUGUGCUACAUCUAUGUCAAAGCGAUACCGAUUCUAAGUCACACACCUAGUGAAGGCCUCGCGACACCGACGACAAAGAGAACGUUUGAUGACGGCCUUCUCACGCCCAAUCUGGGCACGAGUAAGCGUGCUCGCUAUUGGUUCGGCGAGGAUGCAGAACUUGAAAGCGACAGUGAUGUUGAGCCAAAUUCUCCCGCUCCCAUACGCACUGGCGGUGAAGAGUUCGACAAUUAUCUCAUGAGUGACGAAGACUUCCGGUCCCGAUCUGGCAGCAGAGGCACCGUCCGCGCCAUGAGUGAGGAAAUUGCCGAUUCCAUGGAAGUUUGAAUCCAACGAAUAACGAUGUGACGCCGUUUCUUUUUCUUUCUUUUUUCUCUUCUUAUCUAUAUGUUCACUCUACUCUACCUGCUUUAGUACCCCCCUGAUUCGAUUCAACGUGUUAUCUUUUGAGUUGCUUGUUUGCGAGGCGUUUCUGUUUGCUUUUUGCAUUCAACCUGCAUUUCCAAGGGCUUGGGCGGCGCGAGGCGUUUGGCAAGGCCGCUGACAGGUCCCGACCUCUGCUUAGUUUUGAUAUGUGAUUUUGCUCUGCUCGCGAUGGCAACGCGAUGCUGUACUUGUGACUGGAAUUGUUUCAGAUGACGCUGGAACUUGCUCUUCAACUUGCCCUUAACUUCGUUGCUUACAUAUUUAAUUCAAUUAACUCUUUGAUAUAUUAA